AGCACACAUGAGAACAUCAAGGUAAAUAAGAGGGACCGAAGUAAGGAAAACUUCAUAAAAAGAUGGUCUACUCUUAAAAAGAACGGCCUCGAAGUUCACCAGGGAUAUGACGCCGCAGGGCACAAGGACCUGUUGCUAACAGAGUGCAACAGAGUGAAGCUUUCCAUUGCCGGUGCAGGUGACAGCUGCCGAUGUUGCGCGUAG